CACAAAGAUUGUGGAAGUGUGUUUGUGUUUUUUUUUUUGAAAAGAAAGCUGUUAAUUUACUUUUGGAAUUAGUUAGUAUGUGUAUUGAUCUGUACGUCUAACAUGAGUGAUAAGCUUCUAAAAAUAGGAUUCAUCGGCGGUGGAAAAAUGGCACAAGCAAUGGCGAAAGGAUUCAUCAAAACGGGAUUAUCCCAAGGAUCAUCUAUGAUUGCGAGUUGUCAUCCUUCGGAUCAUUUAGCUGUUAAUUCUUUCAAGGAAUUAGGGGCGAGUACGACGUUUGAAAACACCAAAGUAGUCGAAGGUUCCGAUAUUGUAAUAAUAGCCACCAAACCGACAGUAGUUUCGUCCGCUUUAGCGGAUAUUAAAAAAAAAGAAAUCAGAGCGGAUAAAUUAUUUUUAUCUAUAGCAAUGGGUAUAACGAUCAAACAAUUGGAACAGGUAAAAUGUAUCCUUCCUCAGGAAGCUCGGGUAAUUAGAGCGAUGCCUAAUAUUCCGGCUCUAGUUCGAAACGCGGCUUCGGUGUUCGUGAGCGGUAAAAAUGCAACGAAAGAUGACGGUAGGGUUACAAAAAGGUUAUUAGAAUCUAUAGGGACUUGCGAAGAAGUUCCCGAAAUUUACAUCGAUCCGAUUACGGCUCUAAGUGGUUCUGGACCAGCUUACGUUUAUCUGAUGAUCGAAGCACUCGCUGAUGGUGGGGUUAAGAUGGGUUUACCUAGAGAUUUGGCUUAUCGAUUGGCGUCGCAGACGGUUUUAGGUGCCGGACAAAUGGUUAGGGAUACCAAGACGCAUCCAGGUGUUCUUAAAGAUGACGUUUCGUCACCUUCCGGAUCCACGGCGUACGGUUUGCAUUAUUUAGAAGAAAAAGGUUUACGAGGGGCAGUUAUCGGUGCUGUCGAAGCGGCAACUAAACAUUGUCGAAAAGUAUCGUCGAAAUGUGAAAAUAGAUAAAACUAAUAGUUCCAUAUUCAUAUUUAUUUUUAUUUAAGUUAAGGCGCAAGGCUAGUGGUAAUUUACUACGAAACAAAAUUAUUUUGUGUUGUCAUAUAAUAUAAUAAAAAAGAUUCUUUGAUCUCA